AUGGAUGUUAUUCACCAAUCUUUGAGUCAGCAAACUUUGCAAAGCACCAUUGAAGAUCUUCCAGAUGAAGUGUUGGAAUUUAUUUUGGGGUUUUUGCCACCUUACAAAGACUUACAAAAUUGUAUGAUAGUUUGUAAACGGUGGUACAAUUGUUCUCAAAAUGUCUUACAUAAAACAUCAAUAAAAUUGAUAAAAGCCGUGGGAGAGUUUAAAGUAUUAUGGAAAAAUAUAACUUCAACUGACAUGGUGCCCACUAUUACUAAAAGAUUUUCACAUGCUGCAUGUGUACUUGAAAAUAACAUGUACAUAUUUGGAGGCUGCACAACUAAUGCAACUUCGUUUAAUGAUCUCUGGAGGUUUGAUUUAUCCAUUAGACAGUGGGUAAGACCCUUAGCUACUGGCACAUAUCCUGUACCAAAAGCAUAUACUUCAAUGGUUCAUUAUAAAGACUGUUUAAUAGUUUUUGGAGGGUGGACAUAUCCCUCACUCUCGCAAUAUUAUCAAAAUGUUACAAUGUUCAAUGAAAUACACUUUUAUUGUGUAAAUACAAAUAAAUGGAUCCUAAUAAAUGCAACAAACUGUCCUCCACCAAUGGCAGGACAUUCAGCAUGUAUGAAAGGUGAUGAAAUGGUUGUGUUUGGAGGAUUAAUUAUGUCACCACUUCAAAAUCAUCAAAUUCAAUGCUCUAACGAUGUGUGGGUUUUAGACAUACCUACACUUACUUGGAGACUACAAGCCACAACUAAACCAAGGCCUGCACCAAGAUAUGCACAAUCACUGAUUAGUUUGGAUUCAGACAGAUUGAUGCUCCUUGGUGGAGUUCAAACUUUACGUAACCGCUUUGUGUAUAGUGAUUGCUGGGUACUGACAAUGAAAGGCCCAGUGUGGACAUGGAAAGAACUGGCAGUCAAAAACAAAGAAUGGGCUUCUGCUAACAUAUGGUGCAAUCCUGCUUGCAGAGUUGGUGAUAAGGUUGUGAGUUUAAGUAGAAGUAGAAAUGGUUGGAAUAGUGCUAAACCUUUAGUUACAUCAGCAGUAAGGUUAUCUGCACUGAGUAGACCAGAAGGAAACCCAAUUUCAGUUAGAGUUGAGCAAAGUUUACAAAGACCUUUGGAUAGGGAUCAAAAUAUAAAUGGUCGAAGAGGUGUAUUGCCUAGACGACCAUUAAACCCUCCCAGACAAGAACAAGUCAACCCUAAUGAUGAACCAGUUGCUGGUCCCAGUAAUGAACAUGAAAGAGAAAGGUCUCAACAUCAAGCUGGCAAUGAAAAUCAUUCUGAUCAAAAUGGCCUUGUUGGUGUCAAUUCAGAUGCAAAACAAAGCAAUGGAAUAGAUAUUAACAAAAAAGAUUUGGCUUUGAGGAGAAAUAAAAAUAAGAAUAAAGGAAUGAAAAUUGUAAGACAGCUGCAAGAAGCUAAUAAGUACAGGAUGGCAGCAUUUGCUUGUGAUACAUCCCAAAAUAAUACAGCUCCAGAAAAUGAUCUCAUAAAUCAAAGACAAAUAGCUCAUUUAGAAAAUAGAAGAGAACCAUUGCCUUCUCCCCCUAAUCCUCAACCAAGGCAACCUGCAGUAAAGAAAGUCAAACGGAAUACUUUGACUAUGCAUGUUUUAGACAUUUCAACCAUAGUUGACGGUAAUUCCCUCAAUUAUGUGGCAUGGCUCUGUCCUCGUUUAGGUGAAAUGACUGGAGCACCAGAAGAAUUAGUUAUGUAUUCAUUAGUGAAAGGAAAUGGGGAACUAAUAAUGUUUGGUGGUGUUCACAAUGAUAUCAGUAUUUUAAAUUAUGCAGAGCAUCAAAAUAUGUACUCAAAUUCAUUGCAUUUUAUUACACCACCCAGAGAUAUCAUAUAA